UCCAGACACGCCAAAUUACUCUGGCAGUUCUAGAUGUGUCUCUCGGCUGCCGCCGCUUCUGUCUUUUUCCCCCUUCCAGAUGUUGACAGGCUCCAAACUGAAUCGGCGGCUCGAGAGGAACGGCGGCUCUUCUCCUCCACUCUGCGUGGAAACUGAAGGCGGGGGGGGGGGAAUGAACGGCAGGAGGGCAGAGAGAGAGGAGAGAGAGAGAGAGAGAGAAAAAGCAAAGUUGGAUAUUUUUCCGGCGCACGGAGGCAAUUACCCAGAGCGCAUUCCAGAGGCGCUGCUUUGAAUUUUGAGCAGGUCUGCUUGUCAAUUUCCUGAGUAGGAAGAAGUGAGGAGGAGGAGGAGGAGGAGGAGGAGGAGGAAGAAGAAGAAGAAGAAGAAGAAGAAGAAGAAGAAGAAGAAGAAGAAGAAGAAGAAGAAGAAGAAGAAGAAGAAGAAGAAGAAGAAGAAGAAGAAGAAGAAGAAGAAACAGAGGCGGAAUGUCUCUGUUUUUCAUCCUCUUGCUAGCCGCCUGUUGUACUUGGAUGUCACAAGCACAGACCGAAUUUAAACGGGUGGCCGAAGCGAACGUAACUUUGCCCUGCCAUCAUCGCCUUCACCUUCUGGAGCCAGCGAGUCUGGAUAUAGAGUGGCUGCUAAAGAAUUCUGAAGCUGAACCGAAAGUGGUCAUCACUUAUGCAGGAGGCAACAUCUAUCAUGAUAUGAUCAAAGAACAAAAGGGCCGCGUUUCAUUCGCCUCCAAUUUCCUGAGUGGAGAUGCUUCUUUGGAGAUCUCUCUCCUGCAGCCAAGCGACUCUGGGCAAUAUACGUGCAAAGUUAAAAAUGCCGGACAGUAUGAAUGGACACACAUCACUCUGAAGGUUCUAGAAAAACCUUCAAAACCCAAAUGCUGGAAAGAAGGGGUGGCGUCCGAAGGAAAAGAAAUCACUUUGCAGUGUAACUCCAUCUCUGGCACAGCCCCUAUUAUGUACACGUGGCAGCGUGUAGACAUGAAGGGGAAACUCGAACCUUUGCCGCCCUCGACACGUCUCAAUCUGUCUAAUCCCGCCCAAAUUAUUAUGAAGAAUCUGACAUGGAUGUUCACCGGGUCUUAUCAGUGUACUGCCUCCAAUGAAGCAGGAGAGGAUAGCUGUGCCAUACAGGUGACAGUGCAACAUCCCCCAAAUGUCGGCAUCGUUGCCGGAGCAAUCUGUGGAGUGAUGGGAGUAUCCUUGCUCGUUGUCCUGGCUGUGUGGCGAACUAUUAAAAGGAAAGAAAAAAAUAAAUACGAAGAAGAGACUCCAAAUGAAAUCAGGGAAGAUGCAGAAGCACCCAAGGCCCGAUUAGUCAAGCCUGGCUCUUCCUCUUUGGGCUCCAGAAGUUCACAUUCUGGUUCUUCCUCAACAAGAUCCACAGAAAACAGUGCCUCUCGCAGCCAGCAAACCCUGUCAACAGAAGCUACUCCACACCUAACACCGACGCAGCACAGCCACCUCGAGAUGAAUGGCAGGAAAAUUGAGCCAAAGAGAAGUAACUACACCAGUCUGAUCAAAACGGAAGCAACCCCUACAAUGAUGCCUGCUCAAAGUCGAGCUUUCCAAACCGUUUGAUUACUGUUUGGUCUAUUUGGCCUCCACCUAUAUCCAUAAAUUACAUGCACUGCCAGCAUUAUGAAAUUAUUUUAUUUUCCAAUGCAACAUUGGUUUUCUAUAGUCAUGCACAUACACACAAAGAACAAAAACCCUCAGUAUUUUUUUAUCUUUCUGUUUUGAGGUACAAGCAGACUUGGAAAAGAGAACUCGUAAAAACAAUUAUUUCUAUUUUUUUAAGAUCUUUUUUUUUUUUUUUGCGAUUAAAGCCUGGAAGGAGAAAAGGGAAUGCCGACACAACAGGAAUAGCAUUUUGCAGUUUUGGACCAAUUUGCUUUUAAAAAAAAAAAUACUGUGGAAUAGAGAUGUUCCAGCAGAAUUCUUAAGGGAAAAUUAAAUGCAUACAUAUACAAUUGUUUUCUCAGUUGUGUCCUAUGUUUUUCACUGCUAAUGUUAAGUCUGAUCAGCUUCAAGAGAAAACUGACAGGACUUUGCAUGUGUCCUUUUCUUGAAUUAUCAAUAUUUGGACACAUCACCACCAACGAAGCAGAAAACUGUAACUUUGGGGAAAAGCGAGAAGCAAUAUUAGACUUUAAUUGGUCUUCUUUACUGGAGGGAAUUUCUGUGAACAUGGAAGUGCAUUAAUUAAGAAGGUAGGUAUGACUGAAUACGGCUAAAGAAUAUAGACAUUAGCCCACUGUGACCAAGCUAAUGUAUUUGUAUGUAUGUAUAUAUUCAUAAAUAAUAAGCAAUUCCACUAAAGGGAAUUAUAUCCUAAUGGAUCAUUAGAAUGUGAGAUCAGCAUCAAAUCCUGAAUUUCAUUUACAAGUUUUUAAAAAUGGUGUUUUUAAAAUACUGUUCUCUAUGCUGGACAUAGUGACAUUCAUUUUUAGGAUGAGUAGUGCCAAAGGGUUUUUGUGGGGGGGGGGAGCAUUUUUGGUCAGAAUACAAUGUCAUGAUUAGUAAACAUUUUGAGGUAAUAAUCUAGAAAAUGUGAUCAUUUGGAUGGAUACAGCAUAGUCAAACUUGUAAAACUAACUGCAAAAUUUAAGAGAUAUAAAGAAUGGAAAUGAGCUGGAAAUGUAGACUUCAGCACGGGUGUUAAGAAUGCUUUCAUCUCUCCAAAGUGGAAAGUCUCAUCUAUGGACAGAACUAGUAUCACCCAGCUUUAACGAUAAGAAAAUGCAAGUUGUUUGAUUUCAAGUGCCAACUAGAUUGCAAAGAUGAUGAGUUUUAAACUGAUAUUAUUCCAGGGGGAUUAUUUCCAUCACAUUCUUAAACACAAUCAGCAAGAAGAAAAUAAGAGAACCACUAGACUCAUAUUUUAUAGGAGUAAUUUAUAAAUGGUGACUUAGGAUUCAAAAGUAGGAUGUGCAUUGCUAAUACAGGGCAGUCAGUAUUACAGAGCUUAUAAGACUCUGACAGAAAGCUAUUUUCCCAAGAAAUAAGAAGCAGGUUUCCAGCUAUACAACAGACACACUUAAUUUAGAAGUCUCCAUAACAACAUUUCUGGAGUAUCUUGAAGCACAUUCAACUAUGAUUAAAGUCGGCAUUGCAUGAAUUCCUCAGCUGAGUCUUAUAUAUGUUCGCUCAGAAGAACCAGACAUGGCAGGCUUCUUGUCUGCUUGUUUAGAAUGUUACAAUUAUUUCAUCCCUCUCAACCAAGCUAAUUUAUCCCUUAUAGACCUUAACUGAAUAUUUAAAAAGCAAUUUGGCUUACAACCUAUCAUCAAGUCCCAUAACUCAACAGGAAGAAAGUAAAAUCCAAGGCAGAUAAACUAUUUCAUCAUUUUAUUUAUACCAAAGCUCAGUAUAAUGCAGGUUAUCAAAUCAUGAUAGUUAUCCCACGUUGUUUCCACCACCUUUUGAAUUAAAAAGCUAUUUAAAUCUUAUUUUCAAAUUGAUGCUUAGUGAAUGAGGUAUAGAAAUCAAAUAGUUAGGACGAUUUGCUACAAAAUAGAGCAGACCUGUCUUAACUCCUGUGGGAGGGGAAAGAAUGGGGAAUCACAAAAUUUAGUAUAUGGAAAAUUUAGUGUAUGUUCCCUGAAAGAUAAAUUGGCAAUACACACUCUAUUAGUUUUCCACUUUAAUAAACAUCCACUGCACAGGAAGUGAAAAAUGUUUCCCUAAAUCACAUGCAAAUAUAUACCAAAUUCAAAAAUGAAUUACUCCCAAUGCCACCUCAACCAUUAGCACAAAAACUAUGCUCAACGAUAGUAAAAUGCAACAAAACUCAAACAACCCAUUCUAUAAAUUCAUACACACAAAAAACGAUUCUUUAAAAAAUUCUGAAAGUUCUGCCUUUUAAAUCAGCAAAAAAAUAUGCAUGGCCCCCCUUCGCUAAUUAAGCACCUCUCCACUUCAUCAGUGUUCUUUAUGCUUAUUUUUUUCAACUCCCUGGUUUGCGUUCUUUCUUCUAAAACCAUCUACUCUACCCUUAUUAUAGCUCCUUUAAAUUAUCCACAUUUCAUUUACUUUCCUAACCCACUCCCUUCCUCUUAGGUCACUUAGUUUUGAAAGCUUACCCUGUAGCAGCCUCUGUUUCCUUUUUCCUGAUAAAUCUAUAGCCAUCUACCUAUCCAAUCUUUUCUUUCCUGAAGCUGUACUUUAACCAUGGGGAUACAGAAAAUGGAACAGUAGCAGCUAGGCCUCCCAAAUGCCCAAGUGUUAAUUUUGUUGUUUUACAAGUCUUUAAAAUGUUUUCUAUUUCAAAACAAGCAAUUCAUGGGAGGCGUGAAGAGGGACCUGUCUUAGAGCACAGUUGGACAAUUACCCUGUUUCCCCAAAAAUAAAACAUCCCCUGAUAAUAAGCCCAAUCGUGCUUUUUGAGCGCAUGGCAAUAAGGCCAAGUGCUUAUUUCAGGGCUCAAAAAAAUAUAAGACAGGGUCUUAUUUUCGGGGAAAGAUGGUAGACACUAUACUGGCAAUCCCUCUAAACUCUAAAACAUGAUAGUAAAGUUAUUUAUUAUAUACACAGAUGUUUUGAACCUCCCGUUUAUAUUCAGCAGCCAAACUCUGCAAACGAUCUGAAUUCUACCACUGAAGAGAAUAAAUGAGAUAAGCUAAAUCUAAUGUAAGGGAAUUUCUCAGCUAUUAAGAAAGGAGGAAAUUUUGGUACAAGAAAAACCAGUAUGUCACAUCACUAGGAUUUCACUGUAAAAGGGAAUAUUUAAGCACAAUGGCUUCAAACUCAUGACCUUAAAUAGUAUCUCACAAGGGAAACACUAUACUCUGGACAGCCAAUUGUUAUUUUGUAAAGUAUUCUUUAAAACAUUGUUACCUUGUAUGCCAUUUACUAUGUAGUACUAUGUAUUACUGUUGUACAAAUUCCUACUUUUUGUUUUUAUUUUUGAACUGGUAAACUGAGAACACCUUCUUGUCUGCCGCCAUCCAUAAUUUGUGCUCAGCACAAGCAAAGCAAAAGGGAGUAAAUAUUUAUUUUAAACCAUCCUGAUUCCACUAUUUGAAGACUUCAUUGUUUUUAAAUAAAGGCUGCCAGACUGCAGUUCGGCUAAACCCAAAGAUUAAACUCCUCCGACCAGUUUUUUUAUUAUUAUUAUUUCAGGGCGAGGUGAACACGUUCAACAAUAUUUAAGGUUAAUAUUAAAAUGCAAGGAUCAGCAUCUUGGGAUAAAUCCAGAAAAGGGGGCUGAAUGAACCGUAUUUCUGAAUGACCAACUACCCUGUUUUCCCGAAAAUAAGACCCAACCAGAAAAUAAAGCCUAGCAUUA